GUUCGUUAGCUCAGCCGAGCGCAGUGGAAGGCAGUGUAAAAACUUGGCAGUGAACGAGCGGAAGGCAACCAAUUUCAGUCAGUAUUUUCGCUCACUCAUCCCAGCAGCCUAGGCCACGCCCACAUAACUAUGCAGCAGGAAGAGAACCGAAGCUUGGACAGCUGGACAGACAGCGAAGACUCGCGCACAGCAUCCACCGCCUCGCUGGUGCAGCAGCAGCUGAAGAGUACGCCAAUUAGAUCGGGCUCUCGCGUGGGUCCGGGUCUGCUGCUCUUUCCGGGCACAGCCCAGCGAGCCGAUCAACGGCGGGCAGCUAAAGAGCACCAGCUGCAAAAGUCAGUCUCGAAUGCUAAUGCAGAGCAAGAUGCAUCGCUCAAUCGCCGCAAGGCGAACAGCAUACGCAGCUUUCGCCGACCGCCGCUCUGGCAGCCACCGGCCAUCAAAGCGGAGGCGGAGGAAUCGCUUAAAGAGGAGCAGGAGGAGCAGCAGGUGGCUCCACUGCCAUAUCUGGCCAAGCUGCAGGCUUUCAUCAUAGAAUUUCUGCAGGGAUCCUCGAUACACGGCUUCAUCUAUUUGGCCAAGUUCGGUUUGAAUUUCCUGGAACGCAUGCUUUGGUUUGCCUUCAUCUGCGUGGCAUUGUUCAGCAUCAUCUCGCUGAGCCAACGCACUUGGCAACGUUUCCAGACCUCGCCCAUGGUCAUCUCAAUGGAUCGCAAUAAGCUGGUGUGGAACACCAGCUUCCCAUCGCUCACCGUGUGUCCGCACAAGCGCAUCGAUGACAUCAAGCUGGAGGAUUACAUAGAGGCCCACAGCGAGAAGUUCGAGGACGAGGAUGAUAAGGAGUUCUUCCGGGAUUUUAUUAUCAAACUUGCGAGUCUCACAUACGACAACUUGGAAACUCUGCCAUUGAACAAGUCGUACGGCAUCGACAGCAGCGACUAUUUGAGCUUGCUCUAUGAGCUGAAAUGGCCCUUCGAGCCGGAAAUCAGCAGCGGCGCCGCUGUCAAAAUGUUCAUCUAUGAGACGCAAACGGAGUUUGGCAUUUGCCACUCCGUCAACUCACUUGUGGCACGCUACAAUACCUACAAAUAUUGGCGCUCUGGCGAUUGGAGCCUCUUGGAUCAUGGCGAUCGCGUGACAGUUCAUCCGCUCGAUGGCGAGAUCUAUGCACAGAUCAUCAAUCUAUCGACUGCCUACGAUGUUUACUUUCACGGCGCUGGCGAUGUGCCGAGCAUAUCGAAGCAGCGUUACACCUUUCCCGAGAGCGACUAUACAACGGUGGAGCUGAUUGCGCUAGAGAUCUACACGAACGAGGAUGCCAGAGCCUUCAACACCAAGCAGCGCAAGUGCCGCUUUCAGUAUGAGGCCGAUGAGAUGCAAACGGUGCCCAUUUACAGCUUUGGCCUGUGCCUCUCCGAGUGCCGCAUGUUCUUUGCUCUGCGCGUCUGCGGCUGCGUGCCGCACUUUUAUCGCAAUAUAUUGCGCAAUGGCCGCCGCUUGCCAAUAUGCGGUUUGGAGGGCAUCGGCUGCUUGGUCAAAAUUAAACGCGAGAUAAUCUCCCUAAAGUCGGAUAAAUACAAAAUCAAUUGCAAUUGCUUGUCCAACUGUGAUGAUUCCAACUUCUUUGUGCAAUCUUAUAGGUCUCGCGUCUGGUUUCUGGGCGCUAAUCUACAAUGGGGCAUUAUUGAUUACCCGAAAAUGCAGCUACGUCGGGAUGUUCUGUUCUCCUUUGCUGAUGUUUUGGUCUAUAUUGGCGGCUUGGUUGGCUUCUUCUUGGGCUGCAGCGCCUUGAGCUUUACGGAAAUUAUUUACUUUUUUACAGCCCGUUUGGUGCGGCGCAUGUUUUGCAAUUGAACUGGAGUACAUGAAUACGAAUAUUAUUAUUUAUAAAUACAGCAAUAUUUGGCAAUCAGUAAUAAAAAUAGAUUUUCGCAAAGGUCGACAAAUAUCUGCGACUAAGCCCCCUUAGCUAGCUCUAAUGCUGACCCCAUUCAAUCUGUCUAUGGGCAUCGCGCCGCUCGUCGUUUGGCAUUUCAAUGAACUGUCUCUCUCUCUCUCUCUCUCUCUCUCUCUCUGUCUCUUUCUGUCUGUCUGUCUGUCUGUCUGCGUCUCUGUCAUUGUCUGCCAUUGGGUCUGAAGUUAGUGGACUUUGUCAACAAAUUAGGCGUAUUUUUCUAUUUUUUGCUAACCUUGUCGAUUUAUAUUGGAAAUCCCUACUACAACAAUAAGAACUAACAGAGCUAUAGCCGGGGUUGCUCUACGAGAAAAUACCCUGAAUCAGCAUACUUUUCUUAGU